AUGGUCGCCGACGCCCUCGUCUAUCAUCCAGCUCUGGCGCACUGGCUGCGCUUCGUCGCGACUACUGUCGGUCGCGACAAGCUCCUCCGCACACUGCAAUACUUCUCCCGCUUCUAUGCUUGGUACCUGUACCGCACCAACCGCCCUCAGUCCGAAAUCGACCCUUACAAUGCCGUCAAGAAGCAGUUCGGCACCACGCGCAAGAUCAUGCGUAUCGGCAAGUUCCUUGAGCACCUCAAGGCCGCUUCCGUCGCCCUCGAUAACAAGAGCAUCGUCGACCCCGUCCUCCGCUAUCUGGCUGUCGGUCGCCAGCUCGGUUACGCCGGCUACCUGACCCUCGACGCGGUCACCGUGGUCGACGCCAUCGGCUUCCGCAAGCUGGAGUCCGCUAAACGUCUGCAAGAGAGCGCCUACCGCGCCUGGGGUGCCGGUCUGCUCUGCAGUGCUCUUGCCGGUCUCUAUACCCUCUUCCGUCUGCAGGAGAAGGAGAAGACCGUCGACCGUAAGGAGGGCGAGGGUGUUGUUGAGGCUAAGAAGAUCGAGAAGGAGCGCGCUGCCGCCCGGAUACAGCUUCUCUCUGACCUGUGCGACCUGACCGCCCCGGUCUCGGCCCUGGGUCUCGUCGCCCUCGAUGAUGGCCUGGUCGGUAUCGCCGGUACCGUCAGCUCGCUUAUCGGUGUCUGGUCCCAGUGGCGCAAGACCGCAUAA